AUGAUUUUAACCAUGAACAUCACCGUUUUUUUCAUAUUUCUUCAAUUAGUUUGGUGUUUCAAUCCGUCAGAAAAGGACUUAAGGAUAUCCUUGUUACUUGAUAACAUUUCACCUACUUGCAAUAUUAAUUUUGUAGAAAAAUCAUCGAAUUUCCUUAGAAAUGAAGCUAAAUUCCAAUAUAUCUUGAAACCCUUAGAAUCUCAAUUGACUCCUUCCAUCGAUAAUCAAUACAUUGAUUACUUACCAGAGUCUUUAGGAAGUUAUUAUACCAGGAUGAAAACUGGGGUUCUUAGUAGAAUCGAAUUGCUUAAAAGAAUGUUUUUAGGACAUGAUAUUUACAGGAUUUAUUUGGUUAAAACCGAAGGCCUUGACUAUAUAAUGUUGGUCCCUACCAAUGAAAUUGAACUUUUGGAUAUCAUCAAUUGGGUGAAUAAGUAUCAAUCAAAGAACUUUGGUAAGGAAUUUUGGUGUACUAAAAUUUAUGGAUACCAAGUAAGGUUCGCCAAAGUAGGUGUCGACCCUUGGAAACCAUGUUCUUAA